GUAUGGCCGGCACAAUUGUGCAUGUGGAACACGAUCAAUUCCGGCGUGAGCUACUCGCCACUGAAGACGCGCCUCUCGUCGAUUAUGCGGCCUCGAAUCCUUUCUCUGCGCUCGCGAACGCAGAAAAUUUGUCUGGACAAGCUAUAUCUGAAUUCUUCAUCCAGGCCGUCAGUACAAGCGAGAUUAUGCCAGGUUGCUGCAUCUCGCCGAUGAUGCGCGGAUGCGACGAUCCGAACGAUGAUAGUCCCAAACUACAACAUGCGGCUAUUUUUCGUGGGCCUCGACGUGAUCGACCGUGCCGGUUCGACCAAGUGGUGCCCAUCUCAUUCUACUGCCAUCAUCCCCGCGCCGAUCCUUUUGACCCGACUCAAUUGAGAUCUGGGGGCGAGACAAUGAAUGAUUAUCAAACUGAUAUCUACGACGAACUCUCGUCCUCCGUCGAGCUCCUCUUCACUGCUCAACAUCGCGUCUUCCUCUUCAUGAUCCUUGUCAUGGGUCGUCGAUUCCGGAUUCUGCGCUGGGACCGUGCUGGUGUCAUCUCCACCCCUUCCGUCGACUACUUCGAACAGCCGACCAUCGCCUGCGACUACCUAUACCACUUAUGCCGCCUGGGGGAUGAUUCUCUGGGUUUUGACCCCACUGCUACUCGACUGCGUCCUGAUGACGUCGACUUCUUGCGUAUGGAUGUCGCAGCACUUCCUGACGCGAAGGACGUCGACCACUCAGAACGCGAUCUGAGUGAAGGGGGUGUCCGUGAACCUUUCACCUUCGCAUACAUGCGAUCGCUCUUCCGUACGUCACUGGACUGCGACUGGCCACGUCAUCGGUUAGUUGUUCAGGAUGGUGGCCAGAAGCACGACUACCUCGUCGGCAAACCUACCUUCCAUGCCAGUGGGACGAUGGGUCGCGGGACGCGUGGUUAUGUCGCCUAUGAAUGCUCAAGUCGCCGCUUUGUAUGGCUCAAGGACGCGUGGCGCGCAUCGUACAAGAUCACGGAUCGAGAAGGCGACAUCCUCGCGAAACUGAACGCGGCAAAGGUCACCAACGUCCCGACCCUCGUCUGUCACGGCGACGUCAAUAAUCAGACGACUAUCACAGCUGAUUGGUGGGAGCGCCAGUCUUCCCUCCUCUCACUGAUCCACGCAUCCCGAGCCGGAUCCUCGAGGUUAUCCUCUGACACUUCUUCCGACCCGGUCUCGUUGAGCGGUAGAAAGCGGAAGAGGGCUGACGAUGCCGUGGUCGACACGCUCACCAUGCAAGCGGACGGUUCAAUGCCGCACGCCAUCCCUGAAACCACUGGACCUCUUCGGCAACAUACUCACUAUCGAGUCGUCGUGGCAGAGGUGUGUCUGCCUCUGAAGAUCUUCCAGUACGGUCGUCAACUUGUAUCCAUCGUGCUGGAUUGCGUACGCG